AAGUGUCGUUGAUCAAGUCAAAGUAAUUUCCACACCAUGCCAACCGCACGUACCCCCCCAACCGGCGUCUGGGUACCCUCCCCGACUUUCUUCAAACCCGCUUCCUCCAGCCAAUCCCUCCAACCCGCCGUCGACAUCGACACCCAGGUCAAACACAGCGUCCACCUCGCGAAGAAUGGCAUCCGCGGCCUUGUCCUCCUCGGCUCAACCGCUGAGGCGAUACACCUCUCCCGCGACGAACGUAUCAGCUUGACCGCAGGCGUGCGCAAGGGCAUGAAUGAUGCCGGUUUCCCAGACUACCCCAUCAUGGCCGGCAUACUGGUCAACUCGGUCGAUGAGGUGCUCGAGUGGUUAGAAGAUCUGGGGAAAGCGGGUGCACAAUGGGGGCUUGUGCUAGCACCGGGGUAUUUUGGAGCUGCUGUGAAUCAGGAAAAUCUAAAAGAGUGGUUUACGGUUGUGGCAGAUAAGAGCCCAAUCCCUAUCUUGAUUUACAACUACCCUGGCGUGACGAACAACCUCAUGGUGACGCCGGAGACUUAUGCAUAUCUGGCACAACAUCCGAACAUAGUAGGGUGUAAGCUGUCUCAUGGUAACGUCUCCUACCACACGCAAGUGUCUACCGACCCCAGCAUCGACCACGAGAAGUUCCGCGUAUACAGUGGAAUUGGAUCACAACUCGGCCCUAUCGUUCUCUUCGGCGCCGCAGGUGUCAUCGAUGGCCUAGCUGCAUACUACCCCAGGGCUGUAGCUCGCCUAAUGGAUCUGGCAGAGAAGAGGCCAAUUGAGCCGAAAGCGUUGCAAGAGAUUCAAUCCCAGCAGUUCGUUGUCAGUCAGGCGUGGGAGUUCAUUGUGAAGUUCGGCAUAUUGGGCAUAAGAGAGGCUAUAUAUCAGGUCCUCGGAAUGGGGACUGUGGAAGGCGGUCGGCUACCGCUGAAGGGAAGGAUACCUGAAGGCGAAUGGGCGAAGUGGGAGGCCAUGCACUCGAAGAUGCAGGCACUAGAGGAUGCACCGUAGAGUCAUAAAAUAAUUCCAGAGCUAGGUUGAGCUCGGUAGGACCUUUUAUAGCUCGCUUGCUCCUCGCUACGGCGAAUAAACCACGGAAACAUUCCUUCGAACCAACCUUCAAGCGCCUACCACUUCGUCAAUGGCAUCCACCUUAUUUGAGGUCCC